CUGCACAACCGAGACCAGCAUUGGAUCAUAUUUUUUUGUAUGAACUGAUAAUAGUUAUUCCGUUGAAAGUACAGAGUAGAUGUUUGAUGCAGUGUAAAUCUCUGACGGGAGAAGUCGGACCUUUGUGGUAAGUGGAUUUCACCAAUUUCCCCUGACAACAGGCAAGUCUGCAAAGAUGAAGAGCAAAAAGAAGAAGAGGCAGGAUGAUUUUCAAAAAGUCAAGCUAAAAGUUGGAAAGAAGAAACCCAAAGCUGAUAACGCCACCAACACUAACUUUCGCUCAAGAGGGAUUCAUCUGCCAGAACAAUUAAAAAAAGACUCAAGUGGCCCCACAACUCACAGACAGCUUGGUGUUAAUGAGCUGCUGUCUCAGCUACACCAUUACAACGCCAAUGUGAAACACAGUGCCUUGUUGGGUUUGAAAGAGUUGCUGACCAGUAAUCCCUCCCUGUUAGAGCAGCAUCUUUCACGCUUGGUAUCUGAAGUGGCUGCUGUUCUGACAGACAAGGAUGGAAAUGUUCGUGUUGCAGCUACACGUGCACUCAGGUUCAUUGCACAGUCCGUGCCUGCAGAACGUGUGGCUCCGUUUUUUCCUCUCCUCAGCGCUCACUUGUCUUGUGCCAUGACUCACAUCGAAGCAAGCAUCCAGGAGGAUGCAAUGAACGUCCUUGAUGUGUUCCUGGAGCACUACCCAUCUUUGCUAGCAGCACGGCCUGCAAUACUCCUCACAAACUUUUUAGAGCUGAUCUCUCACAGACAGAGUAAAACAGCAGCCAAAAAGACUCAGGAUGCCAAGGGAAGAAGCUGGACACUGUCAAUCAAUCCUGACAGGACUGUGACGAGCCAGCAGUGGCGCCUCUCUGUUCUCCUAAGGCUCGGGCGAUUUCUGCAGGCGGUAGUUGAGGAAAGGCCAGUGGGGGAAAGUGAUGUGUCUGUCCGAACUGAAGGAGUAUUUGUUUCAAGUGGAGAAGGCCGUUUUACACCUCUGAGUGUCAGUUGGGAAGAGCUUGUUUCCAACAAAGUUGGGGUUAAAGUGUUUGAACACUCUGGAACCAAACCAUCACCUCACUCCACAUUUAGACUCAGACCUGAGAUGGACUCGGGGGCUAGUAUGAGUGAGGGUCUGGACUCAGCUGAGACGGUUCAGAGCUUUGCAGCUACACUUGUACCUCUCCUGCUGGAAGUGUGGGUUGAAGCCAGUGCCAAUGACUGCACGUGGAAUAGCACAGAGGGUGCUCAUCUGCUCACUCCAGAAACGAUGUCAGUAAUGUUCCAGGUUUUGUCUAUACUGCAGCUGCUCAGAAAACUGGCCCCGCAGCAGGAGAACCAGGAUGCACUGGAUGCAUGGUUCCGUAAAGAAUACCUUGGAAAUUUUAAGCAGCACUUCAUGAAAAACUUCCCCUAUGGUUCCCGGGACACCGCCAAACAUAAAAAGAAAGUUGAUCUCAAAAGGAGCAAGCAGAAUGCUGCCAUUCAAAUUCUGACUGUCGAGCCUCUGGCCUUAAAUAUCACGCUUUGCCAGGUUAUGGUGUCCCUGAGCGAGAAGCAGGGUCUCGGUCGAGAGGUGGAUGGGGACUGGCUGACGCCACUGAGGACUUUUGUCCGUGACACCUUGAGCAGCGGGGUGAAGCUGAGCUAUAGGCAGCUGCACAUGCUGCUGGGUACGGUGUGGAAGAUGGUGCUCACGCAGAGAAGCAAAGCAGUGACAGAAGAACUUUUGGCAGCGGUGUAUAUCUACUAUAAGCAAAGGAACCUCCCUCUACAGACAAGAUCUAUGCUGCUUUCUUUCUACAGCAAACUCUACCUGCAGGAGCAAGGUCAUGCACACAUUGCCAGGAGCAAGGUGCUGUGUCGCUGGCUGGCAUCUCUUCCUGUACAGUUGUCCCAGCUGGGCCACCGAAACCCCACGCUUUCUGCACAGCUUAUCAUUUCCAUCCAGGCUGCAGCUUCUCGAGGAAACAAAGACCUUCUCAACAGUCUGGAGACACAUGCCUGCAGGCUCUAUGAUCCACAGGAAGGAGUUGUGGUGCUCUUACCAGCGGAGUCCCAGCAGCGAAUGGUGCAGCUACUCUACUUCCUCCCUCAGAUAUCCCAGUCUCUUCUCUCUAAUCUGAGCAGUUGCUGCACGGCUGGACGGAUCUCUGCCAGCCUUGCUACCUCUCUGAUCCGUAUCAUACGUUUUAGGUCUUCUCUGAGUGGCUGGUCGGGUGGGAGCCAGGAAGCAGCUCUGCAGGACGUGGACUACAUCAGCUUCCUUUUCUCCACUCUCACAGGCUUCUCGUCUGAAAAUCUGUCCAUCCUGCAGGAGGACGAGAGUGUCCUUCCUCCCACUUCACUUUCACCCCUUUGCCUCUACCCCACCCUGCUGGACCAGUUCACUCACCACUGGGAUGUUGUUGAGGAGGUUUGCCACUGUCUGGAAACGGUGGGAUCAAAGUCUCAGUGCUUUGAUAUCUUGCAAAAUGGCAUUUUCAAAUACUUGAUCAAGUUGGAGGUGAUUCCUGACAGCUUGGCAGCCGGCUUGCUGAGAGCGGUGUCCAGAUUACUGGAUCUGUCCGUCCUGCCCAUUGAGCCUGUGCUGCGCUUCUUGUCUCAGUGCUGCCUCAGCCUGCUGGCGUUGUUCGUCACUCUGCAACAGGAGGCACCUGCUGAAACCAACCACAAAAGGGAGGCCAUUUGGGGGGCUUGUGUCACAGCGCUGAGCAGCGUUCCUCGCCUGCUACGGAUUGUUCUGCAGUCGAUGCGUGUCGGAGAUCUGAACGAGGAAGAGCUGCCGCAGCUUGGGCAGAUCCUAUCGAUGCUCUUGCAACACACACCUAUCCAUAACCAGCUGGUGGCCAAUGCUCCUCUGCUGCAGGAGAUCAUACAGUACCUCACGCGGUACCCCCGGGGUGCAGCCAGGGAGCAGUGGCUGACAGACUUGCUUUACUGUUACAGCGUCACCAUGGCUCACAGCUCCUCUGCACAUCGAGGAAGUAUGGGCCUUCGAGACAUGUACUAACAGACGCAACCAAUAGACGAGUACAGGGUGUGUUGCUCAGUUCAUCUUUCAGACAUUUAGAAUAACAAAAACACAAAAGGUCAGUAGGAACAAGUACAUGCAGCAAAACUUUUAUCAUUAUUAUAAGUAACCACGAAUACUCCUUGUUUAUUUUUUUUCUGUCUCAAACUGCCUCUUUUUGGCAAUUCUUCUUAGUCUAUUUGUUCCGUCUUUGCCUUUUAUUUGUGAAUUGUUUUUGCUGAAAGUUGGCUCAGAGUUUACAGCGAUAUGAGUUAACUUUGGAUCAAAGAAAAAAAAAAACGGAAUAAAGACAAAAUAAAGUAAAA